UUUCUUCACGUCAAGCAUCCCUCCACCUAAGAGUUUUCUUCCGUGACAACAUCGUCAGUUAUACUCCUCUCACUCUCUAUCUCUUUGCUUUGUGUUCUUCACCCACACCCACAUUUUGUUUUCUUGCUAGCUAUAUUGUGACCAUUCCCUUCUUCAGUACUUUGUUUUCUUGACUAAUGCAAACAGCUCACAUUACUUGUCCCUGGCUCAUUGAAUAUUGAGUUACUUCUUUCUGGAAUGGUCUGUUCUUUAAAAUGUAACACGGAAAAGGCUGCUUUCUUUUCUUUGAUAUAGCUAUUUGCUAAGUUGAUGCCCAUUUUCUCUCAUUGGUCUUUCUUGCUUCCAUUUGGCUGAACUUGUUCUGAAGCACUCAAAAUCACUUGUCAGGAAAUGGGUUCUCGCUAAAUCCUUGGUUUUUGAUUUCUAGUACCUCACUCUUUUGCUCAAUUAUAUAGACUUUGGAUAUAAAAGUUUUGAUUAUGUAACUGUAACUCAGGACCUUAUUAGAUUUUGUUCUUGAGGAGUGCAUUUUGAUGGGGCUAUGUGAUAAAAAUAUUUAAAUUAUGGAUAUAAAUUUCGUUGCAGUCAACCGUUAGUAAGAAAUCUUAGAAGAUGGAGUGUUGUUGUUUCUUUCGUUAGUUUUGAUUCUCCACUAGUAAUGGCUUCAAGUAGGUAGAAAAUUCUGGCAAGUUCAGUAUCAAUGUACACCAUUACCUGACAUAUGUUAUUGUUUGUUAACUGAUUCUUUCAUUUUUCCUAACUUCUUAUCCAAUGAUAUUUUUUGUAAUCUGUAAAUAUGUGAAGUUUAAUAGGAGUAACUGUUAUUUAAUUUCAUGAACCUCAUAGAAGGUCAAUCAUACAGUCAAUAUAUAUAUGAAGCAACUCAUUUUCCUUCUAUACCUUAAUUCUCUAGUCAUGAUCAAGUAAGAGUUCUUUCUGCCCCCAAAAUUAUUCUUUUUCUUUUCGCCUAUGCAAAUCUAGUUUAAGUAUUGGCCUCUCGAGUCCCUUCGAUUCUGUUCUAGUCUCUCUUCUUCAAGUUACUUGUCUGUCAAAGGGAAAGAGAACGAAACUUCUCCCUUUAUUAGCCAAAAUUUUGAGUGGUCAUGGAAGAAACCUUUGUUCCCUUUCGUGGAAUUCAGAAUGAUCUCAAAGGAAGAUUGUUAUGCUACAAGCAAGACUGGACUGGUGGUCUCCGUGCAGGUAUCAGGAUCCUGGCUCCAACGACCUACAUCUUUUUCGCGUCAGCAAUUCCUGUUAUUUCUUUCGGUGAGCAACUAGAAAGAAACACUGAUGGGAGUUUAACUGCAGUGCAGACUCUUGCUUCAACUGCACUUUGUGGUGUGAUCCAUUCCAUUUUUGGUGGACAGCCACUCCUUAUACUAGGAGUAGCUGAACCAACUGUCCUUAUGUACACAUUUAUGUUCAACUUUGCAAAAGAUAGAAAGGACUUGGGUCCGAAGCUCUUUCUAGCUUGGACAGCAUGGGUGAGUGUUUGGACCGCUUUUCUGCUCUUCUUGCUGGCAAUUUUGGGUGCAUGCUCUAUAAUAAACAGAUUUACGCGUCUUGCUGGUGAAUUAUUUGGUCUACUGAUUGCUAUGCUCUUUAUGCAACAGGCUAUUAAGGGUCUAGUGGAGGAGUUUGGCAUUCCAGAAAGAGAAAACCCUCAUCAGGUUGCAUUCCUACCUUCUUGGCGCUUCGCUAAUGGAAUGUUUGCAUUAGUUUUGUCCUUCGGCCUUUUGUUCACUGCAUUGAGAAGCCGAAAAUCUAGAUCCUGGCGCUAUGGGGCAGGCAGGCUUCGAGGAUUUAUCGCUGACUAUGGUGUCCCACUAAUGGUGCUUGUUUGGACGGGUGUAUCGUAUAUCCCAGCUAAUGAUGUUCCACAAGGGAUUCCACGACGCCUUUUCAGCCCCAAUCCAUGGUCGCCCGGUGCUUACUCGAAUUGGACAGUUAUAAAGGAAAUGCUGCAUGUCCCUCCUCUGUAUAUUAUUGGAGCAUUUAUUCCAGCCACAAUGAUUGCUGUUCUGUACUAUUUUGAUCACAGUGUUGCAUCUCAACUUGCGCAACAAAAAGAGUUCAAUCUAAAGAAACCAUCCUCGUAUCAUUAUGAUCUCCUUCUUUUGGGCUUCUUGGUUAUACUGUGUGGUCUCAUUGGCAUUCCUCCUUCCAACGGAGUCAUUCCACAAUCUCCAAUGCAUACAAAAAGCUUGGCCACUUUGAAACAUCAGAUUUUACGGAAUAAACUUGUGUCAACAGCAAGAGAAAGCAUGAGUAAAAAUGCAAAUCUUGGCCAGUUAUACAGGAGCAUGCAAGAGGCUUACAAUGAGAUGCAGACUCCCCUUGUCUAUCAAAUUCCGUCAGGAUUGGCGCUAAAAGAGCUAAAGGAGUCAACAAUUCAGCGGGCAUCGAGCACGGGCUACAUCGGUGCACCGGUUGAUGAGACUGUCUUUGAUGUGAAUAAGGAUGUUGAUGAUCUUUUACCAGUAGAAGUCAAAGAACAACGUCUAAGCAAUCUCCUUCAGGCACUAAUCGUUGGUGCUUGUAUUGCUGCUAUGCCUAUCUUGAAAAAGAUUCCCACUUCACUUCUCUGGGGAUAUUUUGCUUUCAUGGCAAUUGAGAGCUUGCCAGGAAAUCAGUUUUGGGAGAGGAUAUUAUUUCUUUUAACUGCACCAAGUCGAAGAGACAAGGUCUUGGAAGACAGUCAUGCAACAUUUGUGGAGACAGUGCCUUUCAAGACAAUUGCCGGUUUCACCUUGUUUCAGACAAUUUAUUUGCUCUUGUGUUUCGGCAUAACAUGGAUUCCAGUAGCUGGCGUCCUUUUCCCAUUGUUGAUCAUGCUUCUUGUCCCAGUUCGCCAGUAUCUGCUGCCCAAGUUUUUCAAAGGAGCACAUCUACAAGACCUGGAUGCUGCAGAAUAUGAAGCCCCAGCAGUAACUUAUAACAUGUCCUUCGAAGAUCAAAGUGGUCAGGCAAGAUCAACCAGCAUUGGUAGUGAUGAAAUGGUCACAAGAAGCCGUGGGGAGAUCCGGCAUUCAUGCAGCCCAAAAGUAACUAGUUCAACCCCUACUCCACUUCAAGAGAUAAAUCCUGUGCAUAGCCCACAGUUAAUGCAAAGGGAUUACAGUCCCAGAUCGAAUGAGCUAAGAGCAGAAAGGAGCCCUAGACUGAGUGGAAAAGGACGCGAAAUAAAGCAAUCUCCAAGCCAUGGGCCAUCUAACGUUGGUAAAAACAGUUGUGGCUCAUCUUCUACCCAGUAUCAAAUGUAAGUUAAUGAGUUAAUACAAGUAUGCUUUGGUUGUUGACUCCUUUGUGCUUGAGAGGUUGUCAUAGUUUGUGACUAUAUAACCAUCUUUUAUGAUUCUCAACGUUGUAUACUGUUUAUUGGUCUUACUCUUGUAUGCAAUUAUAAUCUACGGGCAGAAGACAAACCACUGUAUAUGGGGGAAAAAGGAAGAGGAAACUGUGAAAAUUUGCCUUUUCUUUGUAUAUUUAUUGUAUAAUCAAUUUUAUACACCACCAUUGUUGUUA